GUUCACUGUCAGAAAACAGAAGUGUCUGGAAACUAAUGGACCUUAAAUUCUAAAAUAUUUAGCUUCAGGUUAAAAUUCUAGCAUUAUUCAUUUAAACAGAAUAAACUAACAAUAGAUGUGGAGAUAUUUGGAUUUACAAGAUCAAAGGAAAUUACUGUAAUUCCGAGGUAGAUCUACUGUUUACUUCCUGAUUACAGGCGAUGACGCUGUCGGAACAGUUGGAGGAAAUCAGGAGCCAGGCCGAGGCUUGUUUAUCCAGACCGGGCUCUGUGCAGGACAUCAGGAAUGCAGUGACCGCUGUGGCCACCAUCUCUCUGCCUCCCUCAGCUAAAUAUCGCUACAUUGCUGCGGAGACCAUGCUGAUAGAAAACAGCGCUGGAAGCGACAAGAAAGAGGCGAUCGCAUCACUGCAGAAACUGUCCACAGCACUCAACAUCCUGGAGAAGUAUGGCUCCAACUUGACCAACCCUAACCGGCCGAAGUACUGGCGCACGGUGAAACACAACAACCCCGUGUUCAAGGCCACGGUGGACGCUAUUCACGGUGGACGGGCCGUCCUAUGCCUUUAUGGCUACACCAAUCAGCAGCUGGAUGGCCUGAGCUUUCCAGACAACAUCAUGGAGCCGGAUGUCGCCAAAGUGGCAUCGGUGACACUGGAGGUCAUGAGUCUGCGCAUAGAGCUGGACAUGCUGAUCAAGGACACCCAUCCUCACCCAGAGUUCUUUGAGAGCAUCAUCCCUUCUCUCACUCAGAAGGAGGACGAUGACGGACUGAGCCCAGACGCCGUGGUGAUAUCUCCGUCCAGUGAGAGGCCGUGGGAAACGGUGUCCCUGCCCACAAAGUGUCCGUCUCAGCCGACGGGACUGCUGUCCGUCCCCACCACCAUCACACCCCCCAAGCCGACAGCUGUCUGUGAUGAGAACUGCAGCAUAUGUGGGAUCUUCCACGUGGCGUCCCACUGCACCACCUGCUCUCAGCGUCUGUGUUUAGAGUGCGACCGACUUUAUCACUCGCACCCCGCUCGUGCCAAGCACACCAGGGUCCCUGUGGCGGCCCCCAGAACCACCAAAAUACUCAGCUCGUCUCCUCCCACGUGGCACUGUUCGUUCUGUACGACGGUGAACACCAUGCAGCAGGUGUUGUGUAGUACCUGUGAGCGCCCUCGACUGGCCACAGCUGCCCCGGUCGUACAGGAAGAUCCUCCACAGCCGUCCACCAUUACAGAGUGGCAGUGUAAGAGCUGCACGAUGGUGAACUCCGGCAGCAGUAUUCUGUGUGAGGUGUGUGAGCGCCCCCGUCUGGCCACACGCCCACCUGUGACGCCUUCUCGUCCCACGCCGUCUCCUGCUGGACUCUUUGACGUCGGGCAGUGGAUCUGUCAGUUCUGCACUUACGCCAACCACACGCCGUCGUCCCGCUGCGAAAUGUGCGACCUGGCCAGAUCAGACUCUGCCCCCUCACCUUCUAAACCCCUCCCAUCUUCCCCGAUUAAGGACUUCACGCCGAAAAGUCCUCCGGUUGAGGAUCCGGAUUUGAAGAGGCAGAAGUUGAUGCGGGAGGAGGGGCUUAAACUGAUCAAGCUGAUCCGAGAGGGCGAGAUGAAGGGCGUGAGCCCCGAGGAGGUGUAUACGAGUCUGCGGGUUUCGGGCGGUAUCAGCGGGACACCGUGUGAUUGGCUGAAGACGGAGUUGCCGCACAGACUGGACGAGAUCUGCGCCAUGGCUGCCUCGUUCCAGCACGAGCCCAAACCUCUCCAGACUACAGCUGCACACCACAGCCAGGUCCAGAAGAUCUCAGUGCCUUUAUCCAGAGCUGAAGCCAAGCAGGCCUGGCUAGCAGCAGGGGGCGACAGUGAGAAAGCGGCGAGGCAGGCGCUCAGGGACCGCAUCUCUAGGGUGAAGGAGCUAGCCUCUCUCGGCUUCACCGACUCGACGGCGUGUGAGGAGGCUUUGAGGCAGAGCGGCGGUGAGGUUAGAGGAGCGCUGGUGCUGCUGCAGCGCCCCCUGCUGGAGUCUUUCCAUAAGCGCAUGUGGAGCGAAGAACCCGAGCCCACCAUCGACAUCAACCACCCCGACAAACAGCGUGUGUGUCGCCGACUCCUCGCUAUGUACAAUCUACCUAGUUGGGGGCGCUGUGAGCUAGCCCUAUCUCUGCUGCGUGACCCUGGUGCCCCCUACACGCUGGAGGAUGUGGUACAGGCCGUGCGCGAGUCACAUGACCGCGAUUUCAUCCGUCGUGUGUUGGCGAAAGAGUGCCCUAUUUGUCUGUCCUUGUUUCCCCACAGCAAGAUGCAGUCUCUGACAUCGUGUCAGUGCUCUGUUUGCUGCGAAUGCUUUAAGCAGCACUUCACCAUCGCCGUGAGAGACAAACACAUCAGAGACAUGGUGUGUCCUGUGUGCUCCGAACCGGACAUCAACGACCCCGAGCACCUCAACAGCUACUUCUCCACUCUGGACAUCCAGCUGAGGGAAUGCCUGGAGCCGGAGGUCUAUGAUCUUUUCCAUAAGAAGCUGACUGAACAGGCUCUCAUCAAAGACCCAAAGUUCCUGUGGUGCAGCCAUUGCUCAUACGGUUUCAUCUAUGAUGGAGAUCAGCUCAAGGUCACCUGUAUGCAGUGUCGGAACAGCUUCUGUGCUCAGUGCAAGAAACCUUGGGAGGCUCAGCACGCUGGCCUGUCGUGUGAACAGUUCCAGUUGUGGAAGCGUGAGAAUGAUCCGGAGUACCAGCGCCAGGGUUUGGCUGGUUACCUGCGUGACAAUGGAAUUACGUGUCCUAACUGCAGGUUUCAGUAUGCUCUGGCUCGUGGAGGCUGUAUGCACUUCAGCUGCUCUCAGUGUCGCUAUCAGUUCUGCAGCGGCUGCAACAACCCUUUCCACACGACAUGUGCGGUGCCUCAAUGCAGUGUGACUGGUCUUCAUGCUCAUCAUCCCAGAGACUGUCUGUUUUAUCUACGUGACUGGGAACCGGCCAGACUGCAGGCCUUACUGCAGAAAAGCGGAGUGGCCUUUAACACUGAUGUUCCUCCAGGAACACAAACAGGUGUGUGUGGUGUGAUUGAGCAGAAGGAUGAUGGUACUCGUCAGACGGACUCAGCGUGUGGAGCUCAGACUCAGCCUGGACAGGCCGGACUCUGCGAAAAACACUACCGCGAGUACCUGGUGAGUCUCAUCAACGGACACUCCAUCGACCCCGCCCCUCUGUUCGAAGCCAAUGAGCUGCUCCUGGCCUGCAGGAGAUACCGGGUGGAGCUGGUGCGGGGGGAGGCGGAGGACGACAGGACACACUGCGCUCAACUGCUCAAGAAACUAAUGGAGGACGUUCCUCUGGGUGAAAAAGUCCCUCGGAAGAAGUGAAGAAUGAUUUUCUGAUGUUCCUGUUGUUUCUGAUGUUUUCUGAUGUUUCUGAUGUCCAAUCUUACCGCGUGCCUUACGGGUAAUGUGUGAACACAUCACUGUGCGAAAGGUGGAAUAUUUUAAAACAUGCUUUUAGAUCAGAUCACGGAUUUUAAAAGCAGCAAAGUUUUAUUUCUGAUUCUGUUCAAUUUCAGACAUUUAGAGAUCUAUCUCUCUCUCUCUCUCUCUCUCUCUCUCUCUAUCUCUCUCUCACACCCCCCCCCUCUCUGUGCAUGUUGGGUUCAGUAAUCAUUAAAGAUUGAAGUUCGGUCAUUUCUCACUGAUUAUUACAUGAUGUCAUGAUUUCUAUGCUAAAGUGAUGCUUUUCCCCAAAAAAAGUCUAUUAAAGAGUCUAUUAAAGCUACGGUCAAUAAAAUCACGCUCUCUGUCCACUUUUAGUGCUCAUGAGACGUCUUAAACACUUUUUUUUCCCCUCAGCUGUAUAUGUAAAGGGCGUGGCUGAACAGAUGAUGUCACAUUUUUUAUAUAUAUAUAUUUAUAAAUAUCCAGAUUUGAAUCCUAUUGAAAACCUCAAUGUCAUCAAGAGGAAGAUGGAUGGUCACAAACCAUCAAGUAAAGCUGAACUGUUUGUUUUUUUGCAAAAAGAGUGGUAUAAAGUUCCCCAACAGCAAUGUGAGAAACUGGUGGAGAUCAUGGAGCCUAAACACAUGCAGAUCGGGGUUAUUCCACCAAAUACUGAUCUCUUAAUGUUAUUUAGACAAAGCAUUAACACAAUCUGUUUACAAAUUAUUUGCAUUUUGUUUUAUUUGAGUUAUUAAAGCUCUGCAUGAUCUUGGGUUA